AUUCUAAAUGACGUAUUUCCUGUUGAAGAUGUCGGCGACCUUGUGUGUGAAGUUGCAACGAAACCAGGGGUGGCUGCCUCUGAUUCAGAGUGUCCGGCACGGGUCCAAGGCUGUGACCCGUCAUAAAAAACCCGUUCAUAUCCUCAAACAGAAGCUCAUUGCCGUCACACAGUACAUUCCUCCAGCUAGGACCGUUCCCCCGGGGGCUUAUCCGUCCGAAGAAAAGCACGUCCAGGAGGAUAAUGAGUUUGUUUUACUCCUGAAGAAGAAUUUGGAGGAAGUGUUUGAGGAGUGCAAAAUGAUCGCUGUGGUCCAGACAAACGCCUGCAGUGUUGACGACAUGCUGAUGCUCAGACACAGACUUUGCAAACACAGCAUCAAAAUUAGGUUUUUCCCCAACCAGGUAAUGCGGUCGUUCCUGAGUAACUCAGUUUACAGCAACAUGGCUCCUCUGUUUAUCGGCCCCACCGUUCUCUUCGUGAGCAAAGAGCCGAAGGUGAAAGAGAUGAUGUCUGCUCUCAGGGUUAGCCCACAGAUGACACUCUUAGGCGCCUGCAUAGACAACACACUGCUGAGUUCACAGGGCGUGGUCAGCUACGCCAAACUGCCGUCACUGACCGUCGUCCAGGGCGAGCUGGUCAGCGGGCUGACUAUGCUGACGUCCCGCACAGCCUUCAUGCUGCAGCGCCACCCGGCUCAUCUCUCCGCCCUACUGCAACAGUACAUCAAACAGCAGAGCCCGGACGAUGGCGCCGAGGCAACGCCUAAAGCAGAGGAAGCCUCAUAGAUCUUCAGAGAAACACCUCUGGACUUUUGCCUUGCAGAUUUACGUCUAGUUAGAACGAGGAGGGGCUGAAACGGCAGCUGUUUGGUACCAGACUUUGGGGUAGCAGUACUACUGGAGUUGAGACGCGGCUGCGUGAGUGGCUUCAGCCUCUUGGUGGACUUCUUGAAGGACAGUGCUUCAAAAAUGUCAAUUUAGCUCUUAAUUUUACGGUGUUAGUAUGUAAAUAAAAGGGAUAUGCUCAAAAUCAAAA